AUGCCGACUAGCACCCAAGCUGUUGCUUCGUAUGCUCCUCGUUUUUAUCAAGGUCUAGCUCAAGAAACGAAUGUCGUAUCACAUCAAUCAUCAGUACAAAACGUUCAAUUGAAUAUGACAGAUUUGCCGUCAGCUAGUAAUUUGGAAAGCGUCCCAACAAAGUCGUGGAAACCAAUGAUCAUUGUUUUGACUGUGCUAGUUGUUGUUGUAUGUGCUGCUGCUCUUUGUAUUCCAUUUCUAGUACUACUACAACAUCAACAACAAGCACAACAACUACUGCUACAACAACAACGACGACAACCACCAGCACUACCACCACAUCAACAUCAACCACAUCAACGACGACAACAACAACCACAACGACAACCACUACCACUACGACCACUGCAACCACAACUACUACGAGUACGUACUUCGAUCAAUAAGCCACACCAACAAUCAGUUCGUUUUUUAUUUCUUUUAGCAACGACAACUACAACAACGGCUAACCUACCAGCAGCUUGUUCGUCUUACACAACCAUAUCAGAUGCAACAAGAAGCGUCACUUACACGACCUUCGUCGGAUGCGACUCAUCGAGUUUUAGCUCAAGUGGACAGUGGGUGCGAUUUACUGGCUCGGGUGGUACCACUAUACCUACUUAUGCACCUGGCACCUCGGUAUGUGGCACGAGCGCUACAGGAUGGUAUGCUAGUGCGCUGCCAAGUUCUGGUGCAACUGUUAGUGGAACAUUAUGUUACGACUGGAGUAAUACAUGUACAUGGUCGACUUCAAUUCAAGUAGCAAAUUGCAAUACAUACUAUGUUUAUUUAUUAUAUCCGUCACCUGUCUGCAACUUACGCGUUUGCACUGUUUAA